AUGAGAAUUGGAUGGUUUCAUAAACUAGUGAACAAAUGGCCUGGAAAGAAAAUCUUUGGCAUGUAUAGAUUUCUUCCUAUGUUUUUUGUUUUGGGAGCAGCAUUAGAAUAUUCUAUGAUCAAUUGGAAAGUAGGUGAAGUGAGUUUUUAUAACACUUUUAAAAAGAGGCAAGCAAAAAACAUCGUAGAAGAUAAAAUUAAGAAAUAUUCAGCAGUCGUUUAAAAUGCCCGCUGGAGUAACUUGGGGUCAAUAUAUUUCUUUUUCCAUGGCGGCUUUGGUCUCAAUGAUAGCAGGAUCACAAAUGGUUCACAUGCAUUAUCAUCCAUUGGAGGACCUACAAAAGUAUAUUAAUAAAGAAUUAGAGAACUUCCCAGAGAAUAUGCAAGAAAAGAUAAAACAGGAGCUCAAGGAAGAAGGUGUGUUAAAAUGAAGUGUACCAGAAAAAUAUAUGCAUAAUGCAGUGCUAAUAUUAAUGAUAAUGUUGUAGUUAAAUUAGUAUAAUAUUUAACAA